AUGGGUUCGAAAUCAAAGCCUCUCAGACUAAAAAAGAAGUCAAAGCGUGAAGAAAAAGAUAGGAUUAGUGAGUUGCCUGAUUCAAUUCUUUGUCACAUGCUUUCCUUCAUUCCAACAGAAUAUGCUGUGAGGACCAGCAUUCUGUCUACAAGAUGGAAGAGCAUAUGGGCUUCUGUUCCCAAUCUAGACUUCGAAUUUAGAGAUGACUCUGUUUUGUGGGCACAUGAAUAUGAUUCUGAGUCCCAUGCUCGCUUUUUCACUUUUGUUGAUCGUGUACUUUCCUGCCGUGACCCGUUAGAUAUUAAAAAAUGUCGUCUUCAUUGUGACUGCCGACUUGAUGAAGAUAUUGACCCGCCUUUGGAGUUGCCUCAAUGCGUUUUCAUGUGCAAAACACUGGUGGUUUUGAAGGUGAAUUCAAAUUGUAUUACAUACACUCCUCCUACAUCAGGGUGUUUUCCAAGUCUCAAGUUCCUACAUGUCAGUGUUGAGUAUCCUGAUAAUGACUCAAUGGAAAAGAUUUUUUCUUGCUGCCCUGUUCUUGAAUGUUUGACUAUAAAUGGGCUGCUUGGAGUAGAUGAUGUUUUGAAUUUCAACAUCUCUGUGCCUGAACUAAGGAGGUUGAGACUGGAAUUGAAACUGGACUGUGUUUAUAAUGAAGAUAUUAAGCACACUUUUUUUGUAAAUUGCCCAAAGCUUGAAAGCCUUAAUAUCAAGCAGGAUAUUUUGUCAAAUUAUUUAUUCGAGAAUGUGAAAUCCUUGGUCAAAGCAAAUGUCGAUCUCGUGUACCAUUUUAAGCAUGACCAGCAUGCCUGUGCAACUGCGCUUCUGGCCGGAAUUUCGAAUGUUAAGUACCUGUCUCUUUCAGCUCCUUUUUUGGAGGGUGGUUGUCUGCCUGCAUUUGAUAAUUUGAGCGAAUUGAAGCUGGUUCUUUAUGAUUGCUAUAACUGGGAUUUGCUAACAGAGUUGCUCCAGAGAUCACCAAAUCUGGAGUAUCUUGUUGUGGAACAUGAAGAAUACCGGGGAUGUGAUGAGGAUUACGAGGAGCACGAAACGUACUCGAAACAUGUCUUAUACUCAAAGCAGCGAUGGAGAAAACCAGAAUCUGUGCCUGUUUGUCUGAUAUCACACCUGAAGACUAUCACCAUAAGGGGAUUCAAGGGAUACCCGCAUGAGGAGAAAUUGGCUAAGUAUUUGUUAAAGAAGGGUCAAGUUUUGAGUAAGAUGACUAUUCAUAAUGACUUAGCCGAAGAAUUUUCAAUGUCUCAAAGGGCUUCAAAGGCUUGUCGAGUUGAAUUUAUCUGA